AUGUUGCGGCGCGGGUGGUUUGGGAGGACUCACUGUACCUGGCGCCCCCACACCCUCCACUCGCUCAUUACCAUAGCUUACCGGUCCCACGUGUACCUGUCUGUUUGUUUUGGGGGUUGUUUUUGUUUCCCGUUGUUUUGUUGUUGUUUUCUUUUGUUUAUUUUUUUGGUUCUUGUUUUUUUCUUUUGUUUUUCCUUUAUUUUUGUUUUGUUUACUGUUUUCUUUUGUUUAUUGUUUCUGUUUUGUUUAUUAUCAUUGUUUUGUUUAGUCACUGAUUUUUUUUCUUUAUUGUUUUUGUUUUGUUCAUCGCUUCUUUUUCUUUUAACUUGUUUUUUGUUUUGUUUCAUCGCCAUUGUCUUGUUUUAUCGCCAUUGUUUUGUUUUAUCGCCAUUGUUUUGUUUCAUCGCCAUUGUUUUGUUUCAUCGCCAUUGUUUUGUUUUAUCGCCAUUGUUUUGUUUUAUCGCCAUUGUUUUGUUUCAUCGCCAUUGUUUUGUUUCAUCGCCAUUGUUUUGUUUUAUCGCCAUUGUUUUGUUUUAUCGCCAUUGUUUUGUUUUAUCGUCAUUGUUUUGUUUCAUCGCCAUUGUUUUGUUUUAUCGCCAUUGUUUUGUUUUAUCGCCAUUGUUUUGUUUCAUCGCCAUUGUUUUGUUUUAUCGCCAUUGUUUUGUUUCAUCGCCAUUGUUUUGUUUCAUCGCCAUUGUUUUGUUUUAUCGCCAUUGUUUUGUUUUAUCGCCAUUGUUUUAUCACCAUUUUUUUUUUUCAUCGCCAUUGUUUUGUUUUAUCGCCAUUGUUUUGUUUUAUCGCCAUUGUUUUGUUUCAUCGCCAUUGUUUUGUUUUAUCGCCAUUGUUUCAUCGCCAUUGUUUUGUUUCAUCGCCAUUGUUUUGUUUUAUCGCCAUUGUUUUAUCGCCAUUGUUUUGUUUUAUCGCCAUUAUUUUCUUUAUCGCUGAAGUGUGUUAUGGGUUUAUGCGCCAAGGAGUGUAAAUGCGUUGGAACAUCAGGUUAUCUCAAUUGUGCAUGUGUCUAGGGGCGGAUAAGCCGGUGUUAAGGCGACGGGGGAAGGACGGGAGUGUUAGCCUGAGCCGUCUUACCAUCCCCUCCGUCAGGCUUGUGUGUGGGGCUUCAGGGGCUCAGCGAGAGAGACAGAAGCCACCACGCUGACUGGGUUUAAGGUUGUGUUAGACGUUCCCGCCCCUCACACAAGAUCACUCAGGUUCUAAUAUGUGUGUUUCUUUGGUUCACGGUAAAGAAGAAAGGUUGAACUACCACCAGGGUCAUAAAACCGACUUCCAAAGGCCAGAAACAAGAUCACUCAGGUUCUAAUAUGUGUGUUUCUUUGGUUCACGGUACAGAAGAAGGGUCGAACUACCACCAGGGUCAUAAAACCGACUUCCAAAGGCCAGAAACGAGAUCACGCAGGUUCUAAUAUGAGUGUUUCUUUGGUUCACGGUACAGAAGAAGGGUCGAACUACCACCAGGGUCAUAAAACCGACUUCCAAAGGCCAGAAACAAGAUCACGCAGGUUCUAAUAUGUGUGUUUCUUUGGUUCAUGGUACAGAAGAAAGGUCGAACUACCACCAGGGUCAUAAAACCGA